UUAGAACCGGUGCAGAGGAGUCUAAAGGCAGCAAUGAGGGAUCGUGAGGAACUGAAGAAAGCCAUCGAGCAGAGUGACCGGCUGCUGUCCCGUGUACACCAGCUGGAGGAGGAGAACGCCGAGCUACGCGAGGAAAAGAAUGAAGCUUUCAUUAGGAUUCGUUCUGAACAGGAGGCCCUGCAUCAGGCCGAGCAACGUUGUGCACAGCUGGCUCAGGCCAGGCAUGACUUGGAGGCUCAGGUAGCACAGCUGGAAUUGCGGGUGGAGCAGGAGGAGGACGUUAACUCUCAGCUUACUUUGCAGCACCAUUCGCUGGAGGCCGAGUGCUGCAGCCUACGCCAGGACCUGGACGAGCUGGAGAACACACUGAAUGCAGUGGAGAGGGGCAAGCAGAAUUCUGAUUUAGCUGUGAGGAAGCUGACGGAGGAGCUCUCGCAGGGAGAAUUACAGGUACAGAACUAUCAGAAAGACAAGGAGCACUGGGUGGAGCUUGGCCAGAAAGCCACCGAGGACCUGCGCUUCGAGGAGGAGAAAGUAAACCUCCUGACUAAAGACAAAGCAAAGCUGCAGGUACACGUCGAGCAGCUGGAGUACCAGCUAGAGCAGGAGAGGAAGCAGUGCACAGAGCUGGAGAGAAGCAGGAGGAAACUGGAGGGAGACAGUAAGAGCAACAUGGAGAACCUUAAAGAGUUGGGAAGUAUGAGGGCCAAUCUGCAGGAGCUCAUUAAGAAGAGAGAUGUGGAGAUUACUGCCACCAGCAGCCGGCUGGAGGCCGAGGAGGCACUGAGUGCAGGCCUUCAGAAGAAGAAUAAGGAUUUGCAGGUGCGUAUUGAGGAACUGGAGGAAGAGCUGGAGGCAGAAAGAGCCAUGAGAGCGAAGGUGGAAAAGCAGCGGGCUGACCUGGCCCGAGAGCUGGACGAUGUGACGGAUCGACUAGAGGAAGCAGGAGGCGCAACAGCCUCUCAGAUGGACACGAUUAAAAAGCGUGAGACGGAGCUCCAGAGGCUGAAGCGAGAGCUGGACGAGUGCUCCACGCAGGCCGACGCCAUGGCGGCUACUCUGCGGAAGAGGCACGGCGACGCUCUGGCUGAGCUGAGCGAGCAGUGUGAGGGUCUGCAGAGGACCCGGGCCAAGCUGGAGAAGGAAAAGCAGAACCUGUUACUGGAGGUGGACGACCUAGCGGCUUCAUUGGACACCCUGCAGAAGGCCAAGGCGUCCACUGACACGCAGCUGAAGAAAGUGGAGGACUUGCUGUCGGAGUCCAACCUGAGGAAUGAGGAUCUGCAGAAGGCCCUGACCGAGGUCACUGUGGCCAAGAACAGAUUCACAGCGGACAAUAAUGAGCUGAGCAGACAAAUGGAAGAGACAGAAACCAGAUUCAGCCAGACAAACCGUGUGAAAAGUCUGCUGACGGUCCAGCACGAGGAGCUGAAGAAACAGUACGAGGAAGAGGUCAAGAACAAAGCAGCUCUGAGCAGCAGUUUGUUGGCAGCCCGGCAGGAAUGCGAGUCGUUAAAGGAGCAUCUGGAGGAGGAACAGGAGAGCAAAGUGGAGCUUCAGCGUCUCGUCUCCAAGCUUAACAGUGAUGUUACGCACUGGAGGAGCCGCCACGAGGCCGACGUCAUUCAGCACGGCGAUGAACUAGAGGAGGCCAAGAAAAAACUCUUAACCCGGCUGCAGGAGGCUGAAGAAGCAGUUGAAGCCACCCAGACCAAGUGCUCAGGCCUGGAAAAGACCAAACAAAGGCUGCAGUGUGAGGUGGAGGAGCUCUGUGCUGACCUAGAGAAGGCCAACAAUGCAGCAGCGUCGCUGGAUAAAAAGCAGCGCAUGCUGGACAAGCAGCUGGGAGACUGGAGACAGAAAUGCGAGGAGCUCUUGGCCGAGGUAGAAAGCUGUCAGAAAGAGGGCAGGCAGCAUGCUGCGGAGCUCUUUAAACUCAAAACGGCCUACGAAGAGUCUGUGGAGCAGAACGAGGCGCUGCGCAGGGAGAACAAGGCCUUCCAAGAGGAAAUGGCUGAUCUCACUGACCAACUUUCUGACGGCGGAAAGAGCGUUCACGAGCUCCAGAAAAUGAAAAAAAAGAUCGAGAUGGAAAAAGAGGAACUGCAGGCCUCGCUGGAGGAGUCAGAGGCAGCUUUAGAGGCUGAGGAGACUAAGGUGCUUCGGCUGCAGCUGGAAGUCUCUCAGGCCAAAGCAGAUAUUGAACGCAGACUGCAAGAGAAGGAGGAGGAAAUGGAGGCAGCCAGGAAGAGCCACCAGCGGGCGCUGGAGUCGCUGCAGGCCAGCCUGGACGUGGAGGUCAAGGGUCGAAUGGACGGAGCUCGUAUAAAGAAAAAGAUGGAAAGUGAUUUAAGUGAUCUGGAGUUACAGGUGGACGUACUGAACAAGAACAACGCCGAACUGACGAAAACGGUCAAAAAAAUGCAGCAACAAAUUAAGGACCUGCAGGUGCAGCUGGAGGAGGAGGCGCGGGUGCAGGAGGAGCUGAGAGAGGAGCAGGCUCUGCUCGAGCGACGCUGCACUCUGCUGGUCACCGAGAGCGAGGAAAGCCGCACCGGACUCGAGACGGCGGAGAGGGCACGCAAGACACUGGAGACCGAACUGCACGAUGCCACUGAGAAAUACAAUGAUAUUAACAACCAGUUACAGUCAGCCUGCACGGGGAAGCGUAAACUGGAGGUGGAUCUACAGCAGCUUACACAAGAGCAUGAAGAGCUACAGAAUGAACUGAGAGGAGGCAACGAUAAGAUGAAGAAAGCUGUGUGUGAGACGGCGCGUGUGGCGGAGGAGCUGAGGGUGGAGCAGGAGCACAGCAUGCAUCUGGAGCGGGUGAAGAAAGGCCUGGAGGCUCAGCUCAAAGACAUGACCGUCAGACUGGACGAGGCCGAACAGCUGGCCAUGAAAGGCGGCAAGAAGAUCAUCCAGAAACUAGAGGGCCGGGCGAAGGAGCUGGAGCUGGAUUUGGAAUCGGAGCAGAAGAAGUACGCCGAGGCGGUGAAGACGCUCAGGAAAAAUGAACGCCGCUUGAAGGAACUCCUCUUCCAGUCUGAGGAGGACCAGAAAAACCAGCUGAGGAUGCAGGAGCUGAUGGAACGGCUGCAGGUCAAAAUGAAAACCUACAAGCGACAAGUGGAAGAGGCGGAGGAGCAGUCCAACACGAACCUGGCGAAGUACAGGAAGACGGUGCACGAGCUGGACGACGCAGAGGAACGAGCCGAUAUAGCCGAGACCGCUCUUACUAAAUUCAGGACCAAAAACAGAGGAAGCACCAAGGGCUACUCUUCAGGUUAUAGCACUCCGUACGCUGGGGUGGUGAGGUCCCCCAGCUCUGUGGGUUCCGAGGGUCGAGGAGAAAAGAUCCUCACUGACGAUGACGAAUCUGUUACUUCUCUUAUCCCCACCUAUCUCAACUCGCUUAAGAAACUUAUGAUUGAUUAGGAUCUUUUUUGAACCAACAAUUGAUGUUUAUUAUAAUGUUUAUAUUUCCAGUAUUAUUUUUUUACA